AUGCUUAAUGUUUGGCUCAGACGUAGUUUAACACAGAUACUUCCAUCCAAUCCGCGUUUCAAUCGUAGCUCCCAGUGUAUAAGCGAUUUACGACGUCGUUUCCCGAUCCACCUGUGUCUCGGGGAGAUAGGCCACAGAGACGACCGCCGGGGUCUUCAUCCACUCUCGGCGGGCAUCGGAGUCUCCACGGCACGUCCGCUGUCCUCUAAGUCCACCGAGGAGAGACGAGCAUGUGGAGAGAAAAAGACAAGGAAUGAAGACGUCCUGGUUCACUGCGCGUCUCUCGGGUGCUGUGCGAUGUUGAUCUGUGACGCCGAAAGCUCUCGCAUCAGCAUCAGCAGAGCCCUCUCCUCCUCCUCCUCAGCUGCGGACACACGCUGA